GUAUUUUUUCGUUUUUUGCAUAACACCUGAACUAAGCUGCCGGAAACUAUUGUUUCCCUAUUACCCUAUUUGGAUGCAAUAAUUAAUCGUGCCUUUUUUCAACAUAACCGAAAUUUUCUCAAAAUGCUUUUUUCCUUGAAAUGUCAUCGAUUGGUUCGCUGUACCUCUAGUGAAAAAACUCUCUCAAUUUCCAGGAACUGCUGAAUUUGUCAAACACAUUCUCAACCAAUUGUAAAAACGACCAGCGCAACAAAAACAAAACCUGUGACUCAUUCCGAUAGAAUAACAUUUUUACUUCAACGAUUCAUAUAUGCAAAAAGUUUACCACUAAAUUUAAUGUCGUAACCUUGGUAAUGUAUUGUUUGUUGACAAACGGUUGUCACAGUCGCUGGCCUGUCAGUUGGAAAGUUUGCGCGCUCAAUUUGUUGUUUUCUUCAUCGGUUGGAAAGGUGGUCAAACAAAUUUUACUUUUACGAAUUACUCUGCGAAACAAUCGACCGUACGUGUUUAGCAAUGAAGUGCCAAAUCCCAGAAAUAUCAUGGCACAAUCGUGACCCAGUGUUGAGCGUAGAUAUUCAACCGAGAGGAGCAAACGAUCGUGACCAUCAAUAUCGGCUGGCAUCGGGUGGGACUGAUUCGCAUGUUCUGAUCUGGUACAUGAUACAAAACCCAACGUGUGGGACGAUCAAUUUGGAACUGGCGGCUGAUCUGACAAGACAUCAGCGAGCGGUAAAUGCGGUACGAUGGUCUCCUUCAGGUGAACUGCUCGCUUCCGGAGACGAUGAAAGUGUUAUAUUCAUUUGGAAACAGAAAGGAGAAAUGGAGACGCUAAACAUUCUUGAUACGGCCAACGACCAGGACAAGGAAACAUGGCUAACGCUGAAGAUUCUGCGAGGACACAUGGAGGAUGUAUACGAUCUGUCUUGGUCGGCCAACUCGCAAUUUCUUAUCAGCGGCUCGGUCGACAAUACGGCGAUAGUGUGGGAUGUACAGCGUGGUAAAAGUCAAGCGAUUCUUCAAGAUCACAAGGGCUUUGUACAAGGCGUUGCCUGGGAUCCACAAAAUAAGUACCUGGCCACGCUUAGCACGGAUCGCACAUUCCGGGUAUUCGAUGUGCAAACGAAGCGUGUUGUUUCGCGAUGCAAUAAAUGCGUACUACCCGUACCAUCGGCGCAUCCGUUGCGAGAAAAGAUCGUUCGUUUGUUCCACGAUGAUACGUUGCAGACAUUCUUCAGACGUUUAUGCUUCAGUCCGGAUGGGAAUCUGAUCGUUACACCUUCCGGGGUUGCCGAAAUCGAAGGUGUUCCAAAGCCACUGAACACGACCUACAUUUUCACGCGGAACUCUCUUCGACAACCCUGUUUUACGCUUCCUUCACCUGAUCAGUACACGGUAGCUGUUCGCUUCUGUCCGGUGUAUUUCCAGCAUCGUCCACAUGCGGAAACCAAACCGCCUCUUGUACCGCUCCCGUACAGAAUGGUGUUUGCGGUGGCUACAAAAAGUUCUGUCUAUCUGUACGACACGCAGCAGGCCGCCCCAUUUGCACUGAUAUCCAAUAUUCAUUACACCCGGCUUACGGACAUGUCAUGGUCAUCAGAUGGAAAAAUACUUAUAGUGUCCAGUACGGAUGGCUUCUGUUCAUUGAUUUUCUUCGCCGAAGGUGAGCUGGGAACGAUAUACGAAAAGCCAUCGUCUGAAACAUCGCUUGCUGACAAUCCCAGUACAACUCCGUCGCUAUCGGAGACCAUUGAGCAUGCAAACACACGAUCAACGUCAACAUCGCCGAAGCAAAAGAAUUCGCCAAAAGAGAUUGGUGAUGCCCAGGGAAAUAAAAAGUCACCCCAAUUGAUAGCGAUUAGAAGAAAGCCAAAGCCGUCAGAAAAUCAAUCGAACGAAAGUGAUGUUUCUCAGGCGCAGCCAACUGUUGAAAAGACUGUACAAAACGUGGAUUUACAAGCGGUGGAAUUUGUCAUAGAAAAGGACAAAAUUAUCAGCAGCGAAGAAAAGUUCGAAAGUCCUUCGAAGAAAGACCGACCAGUUACGCCGAUUGCGGUGCGACGACACCCGAGAACACCUUCGGACACAACGAACGAUCCACAACAAACACAAGCGCUAGUAUCAGCGUCUUCGUCGGUGGGAAAGAAUUCUCCAAAACCGAUCGCUGUGCGUAGAUAUCCGCGAGCAUUGGACACCGGUAACGCUAAACCGACUGUCGAACCAACUGCUGAGGAAGAUGCUAACGAUACUUGGCCCAUCGAUCAACCGAAACCGAUCGCUCAAAAAGCGGCAAAGAAACACGCUGUGUCACAGCCUUCUCCAAUGGAAACGGACCAUACGGAAGACAUUGUACUGAUGGUGGAAUCCGAUGGGGAGGAUGAACUGUUGCCCGUUGCUCCUUCGAAGGAGCCGCCGAAGGAGUCAGAUUCCGAAGCACAGAAAACACCACGACGAGUCGAAUUUCGUACGAUAUCGACGCCGAAAUCAAAAAAGAAACUUUUAUGAGCCCGUGACUGGGAGGUAGACACACGUUCAUUCGUAGAAAGAUAGAGCAAGGGUUAGUGUUAGUUUAGGCAUGUGUGCUAUUAUGAUUUUAUAUUAUAACCUUUUACAAUUUACAGACAGGUGGUAAAAAAACGGGAAGAAAUCUAUUUACGAAUGUUAAGGAUAAGGAUCCGAAAUUCGAUACGCAUUAUGCAUUAUAUUGAGCUAAUAUAGCUCCUGGGAAAGUGUCCAAUAUUUCUGUUUAGACUCAGCGAGAUGCUCAAAACGCUUUUGGAUUCGUUUUGGGCAACUUUCGCUUCAAACAGUAAUUUUUUUGCACGGCGACAAACAUUUGGUUCAACGAGAA